AAUAAAUCGAGGACUAUAUAUAUACAGUGGAUGGAUUCUAACUCUGAGUUCAGUAAGAGAGUUUGAUGUCUCAUCGAAUUCUAGCCGAAUGGAUUUCCGUUAAAUUAGGAAACCAAAUUUUUUUACUCUAAUCAGAAAAAAAGAAGAAAAAUAAGGCGAUUUAAAUUACCUGAUAUCGAAAGCAUAUACUGAAGAAUGCAACGAUUGUGGAUUUCGCUGUCGAUUCUGGCCGUUUUGGCUGGAGCUCUUCCAGAUGACAGAUUCGACCAAACAUCAAUUUAUUACACAGUACCAAUAAAUGAGAGCGAGGCAAACGGCAGCUGGAAUAAUGGCGGUCUUUUCGAAGAACAUGGUGGCCGCAUUAUUCGAGAUCAAAAAGUGUUUGAGAGAUCGAAGAGUCCUUACUUGUUGCGAGAGGAUUUGUUUAUUGAAAAGGACGCCAAACUCAUUAUAGAAUCCGGUGUGGAGAUUCGUUUCAGUCCGAUGAUCGGCAUCACUGUCCGCGGUAUCAUAAUCGCCAAGGGCGAAGCACACAUGCCAAUCUUGCUGACUGCAGCGGAAACACAGGUUCCAUCUCUUCGAACAUCACCCACGAUACGCCUUGUUGACGGACCGAGUCCGCUAACGGGAAGACUGCAGCUCUUUCACAAAGGUGGCUGGCGUUCCGUCUGCACAAACUCGCGAAAUUGGACUCGCGCAAAUCUAGAGACAGCAUGCCGGCAGCUUGGUUAUCAGGGCGGACAAUGGUGGUCAUGGAUCGACAGACAAUGGCCCUCCAAGCCGCGUCUUCUUUACGAGGAACCAGGCUGUCGUGGCACCGAACCCUCGUUAACGACUUGCGAACAUUGGUCGGAGAGAGAAUUGGGUGCCGGUGUUUGCGAUUAUCAUCCUGAUCUGGGUAUUUCUUGUCUACCUCGCCACGAUGGUGCGAGCAAGGCGAUCAAGCAUUGGCGGGGGAUACGAUUCGAGGAUGCGAUGUACGAUAAACAGAAACUCAUUCAACAAAACACACUUUACGUGCAUCAAUCUCUGUCCAUUCUACGGAACACGGUAAUCGAAUAUGCUGGAACCGGGAGGGAGUACAAUAUAACUUCGGCGAUUCAUGUGGAAGGCGUCCCACCGAUAAUGGAGACAAUUUCUGUUUUGCAUUCUGCCUUCACGGGUAUCAACGUCACUACGUCGGACGCAUCAGUCGUGAUAAAUAAUUGUACUGUGCAAUAUAACAAAGGAUACGGGAUUUAUGUAAAUAGCUCAUCCGGCAUGGCGCAUAUUAACAACUGUACAGUAUCCGAAAACGGAGCGGACGGAAUAAAGUACGUGCACGCGGAUGAGCGGCCAGACGACAAGUUGGAGCGUAACGACGUGUACGAUCUAUGCACCUUUCCUUCAACGGUCAGUCAGACUUUUCCCAUCACUAUAUCAAUGCAACAAAAUAAAUACGCACCCAACGUAAAAGAAUGUCCACAACAAAUCUUCACAACGCUAGGCUAUGUCCUGACAGUGCAUUUUUUGCAAAUGAAAACCGAUAGAAAUGAUAGCGCCAUCAUAGAGGUGUAUGAUGGAACGGUGAGGCUUUUAGCUACUGUCAAAGUCAGAAACGGAACUUUACCGCAGAGCGUGACCUCAACCGGUCAUAAUCUUUUUAUAAAAUUCAUAGCUGAACCCCGAACUAACGCACUCGUGUUUGUGCGAGUAUCAUCGGGCUACAAAAAAACAUAUGAUCUCAAUGUGACCGGUAGUACAAUAACGAGUAAUAACGGUCGUGGUAUCAUCGUGGAAAAGCUAAGAUCCGCCUUGCACAUUCACGAGACCUCGGUAUCAGAUAACAAUCACGUGGCAGGCGUACACGUGUUAGGUGGCGCGAUGGACGUUAACAUUACCGAUAGUCGUAUCGCAUACAAUCAAGGGGACGGUGUUAACAUCACUGUUUCGGGCGGCAAUCGUAACGUGUCCCGCAGCAGUAUAUCGUCCAACAGCGGUUAUGGUUUUGCGGUGUGGCUCAAUGAUAGCUUCGCCACCGAAUACAUAUAUUUUAAUCAAUCGACCGUGAUCGAAUACUCGCAGAUAUUUAGCAAUAAGGACAUCGGCGUUCUGGUUGGUAAUUCAACCGGCAACUCGUACGUAAAUGUAACUGGCAAUUGGUUUAAUACCAGCUUUGAAACGGCGCUACAAGUGGAAUCCAGUUGGAGAAAAGACAAUGGAUUAAUGAGAGUGCAGAUCGGACACAACUCAUUCAUAAGGAAUGAGAAGUUAGGAAUCAAACUGAGCCCAGCGCUCAAUCUCGACGCUAUUAUAGAAUACAAUCACUUUGUAGAUCAAGCAACCGGUGCAAUUCUAAUAAAAAAUCCACUCUACGAAGAGUUUAACAUUUUGCCCGCGGAGGUCGUAAUCCGACAUAACGAAUUCUAUAACAACCAAGGUACCUUUAUAAUCAGCAUUGGCUUAUCGCCUUACAACGACGCGCAAAAGUUACUGUUCACAAGAAACUUCGUGAAACAUAAUCGUGUCCGGGAAUUGUUCGAUAACGGUGAUAUGCGGAAUGUCAAACUGAUACCGCGCUCCAGAGUAGCUGCUGUCAUUGUCGUAUCUUCAAGCAAUGUUCAAGUUUUCCGUAACAUCUUAAACAAUCUCGAUUCGCGUUACGAGAUUGGCUCUCAUCUGGAAGAUCAGAGUAAAGUUAUCAAUUGCACAUAUAACUGGCUAGGAUCUGCGGAAGAAAAGAUAAUAUUCGAUCGAUUAUUUCAUAGGAAGGACAGAUAUAAUCUCGCCAAAAUCGAGUAUUUGCCUUACUUGCUGCACAACAGCAAUCCCGGCGCGAAUACCAUCAUCCCGAAUCCGACAUUCGUGCCGCAAUUUAUCAGGUCUGAUUCGAACGAAGUCGGAGGUGAGGUUGACGGCCAGGAGGAAUUAAAAGCCGGAGAGUACAUUGUCAAGCGUGAUAUCAAUGUAAGACCAGGCGGAAAACUAAUAUUGCAAUCGGGCGUUACAUUACGCUUCCCACCAGCCGUGGGAAUGAUGAUCGCCGGCAAAUUUGAUGCGCGCGGCAAGAAACCCAGCGACAUCUUAUUCACUCUCAAGGAGGAGCUCGUUAUGUUACCAAAUAACAAUACUUUUACAGAUGAGAAUACGAUUCAAGUCCAUGAGACAGAAUCCAUGCCAGUGAGGCUUCUUGAGAAAACAUGUUGUUUCGUGCCGCGGACGGUAAAAAUUGGAAAUGAAUGGGGCACUGUGUGCAAUUAUGGAUGGACAAUUCAGGAUGCAGCACUCGUUUGUCAUCAGUUAGGCUUUAUCCUCGACUUCGAGAAUUGGCUUAUGGAGCGAUCGCAAAUUCCGAAUGCAGGGAUCAAUGAGAAGAUACUCCUCAGCAACGUGCGCUGUACCGAGUACGACAAUGAUAUAACUAAAUGUCGAGCGGAAAGGGAACAAGAUUUUGAAAACUCGUGUACUCAUGAGAACGAUGUUGGUGUCAGGUGUCUGGAGGCGGCAUGGGCUGGUCUCAGAUUAGGACCGCUGGCUCAAAGAAGUGACUUGCAGUACGUGACAAUUGAAAAGGCAGGCUUGUUGGAUUACAAAACUAAUUCAUUUAAACCAGCUUUGCAAAUUGAUUUUGCUCGGCAUUCACUGAACGGUAUCAAGGUCUUGAACAAUCUGCAAGACGGCUUAGGAAUUUUGUAUUCAGACAUAUAUUCGGCGGACGCGAUAAACACUGUGACGAAUAGCGACUUCUCUCAAAACGGCGGGAGCGGCAUCAGUUUCAAGCAAUUAGGUAUGCGGAUUGUUAAUUCACGAAUCGAAAACAACAAGGUCGCGGGAAUAAGACACAAUCCCGCUCUCUCGGCUGUUCAGCAAAGAGAAUUCGCGGGAUGGUUCCUGCGGAAAUCGGACACCACAGUCGAUUCACCGUAUAAUCCGAUAAUCUUGCCGGAAAUGACCGAGAACAUCAAACUUGCUAAUGGAGAGACCAAAUACAUUAUCACGACUAAAGUAAUCAAUGACUCCGUCCGUCGUAUCAUCAACAUUGAAUGCAAACCAAGCUAUGUCAUCGGUAUCCAAUUAUUGAACCCGAUUGAAAAUCGAAGUACGGAACAAAUUAUAUUACACGACUCACAGCAUUUCGACAUAAAUCAGACGGUUUGGCACGUAAAACGGGACCUGAAUGUUUUCCCCGUCUCGUCUAGUUCCUUUGUAGUACUUUUGGAGUAUGAUAGCGGUGAGAAUGCUCUUGGUGGAACUGUCAUAGUUGUCACGUCGCUCUCGGCUCCAAGACAGAAUAUUCACAAUAAAAUAGUCAACGGUCCUAUUCCUUUGUUAUUUGUCACAAAGACAAAGAUCAAGAACAAUAAGAAAGGUGUGCUCGCGUCCUACUACAAUCGAUAUCUGAAUGAAAUCGGAUAUCAUUUUCUACGGAAAGCCAAUGAGACUAUUCAAUUAGUCGAAUGCGAGAUAUCACACAAUCAUGAAGAAGCCGUUUACGUGCAUUCGCCUUAUUGGAAUAUCUUCCAAUCGAACUUGUCCGAGAUCUCGAUACAUAUAAAUAACAGCUUGAUAACAGACAACGGUAAAGGGAUACAUCAAUUCAGCCGCGAUGCAAGGCAAUCCAACAAUCUCUUCCACUGGAUAAUGCAGGAUAGCACAAUUGAAAGAAAUCAUGGCGGUGGAUUUGAAGUGUUAUUACCAGAUGUCUGGCAGUACAACGAAAACUUCACACACUCUCUAUACUUUGGGAACAACACCUGGCGUAACAAUGAACAGUUUGGCUUUGUAGUGGACGGACAUUUCGCGCAUCUUAAUAUAUCCUAUAAUCGUUUCGACAGCAAUCGCUGUAAGACCGGUUUAAUAUCCGUGCGUGGCAUGGAAAAAAAGAUCAGAAUCGAUAAUAAUUAUAUCGAGGGUAAUAAUGGUGUUUACAUGGUUGAGUUCCGAGCGGACAGCCAGUCCGAAAUCCUCGGUGACAUUUAUGCUCGUUUCUAUCGCAACGAGAUUAAGCAAAAUAUGUACGAUCCCAGCAAUUUGAGACCACGUCGAACGUUUGACGAUCCCAGCUAUGUCGUCGGCUUCCACGGCAUACAGAAAGUACAAGUACAUAAAAAUCUCUUCGGCGAGAACUCGCUGGAUUAUGAGUUAUUGGCAGGUAUCAGGACAGCCAAGAUCAACAACGAAGUAGAUGUCAGGGAGAAUUGGUGGGGUACUGCUAACGACACCUCUAUCAGACAGAGGAUUUUCGACUUCGACGACUGGAAUGAUCACGCUGUGGCCAACUAUCGGCCGUACUUGACGAGCGAUUCGUUUGAAGCGUCUACUUCCGCGUGGCGGCAUAUAAAUCGCGAGAUCGACCUGAACAAUUUGGGCGGUCGCAUAGUGGACAAUCUCUCGCUGUACGCGAGACCCGAGCCCUACGUCAUACAUUCUGAUAUUACGAUUAUGCCGGAAGCUACUCUACAUAUCUAUCCCGACGUCGUAAUGGAAUUCGCUCCUAACGUUGGCAUCCUAGUCCUGGGAACGCUGAAAGCCAUUGGCGUACCCGGCCACGAGAUCAUAAUGAGACCGAUAAAACGAAUUGAAGCGAGCGCAAAUUUUACGUUUCCCAAACUGACGCCGAUGAAAAGUUCCACUAAUAUCAUGUCAAUGCCGGACGAGACGAUUCGUUUGUGCAAGGAUGGACAUUGUUCCGUAUUGCACUACGAAGGAUUCCUAGAGUACUUCAACAGGACGACCCUUCAGUGGAUCCCAUUGUGCGAUGAUCGAUUUACUGAGCGCAACGCUCAAGUAGCAUGCCGACAACUCGGUUAUGACACUCUCAACGUUUACGUAUCGUACGAUCGUAGAUAUGAGCUUCAUCCCGGAUCGUUGACGCGUGUCUGGUCUUGGCCCGAACCACUGCAGUGUUCCGGAAAAGAGCAAAGUCUCGAGGAUUGUCAGAUCAGACUGAACGGUCAGUUGUUCGGUCAUCGUCAUGAGUGUCCGUGGAACGGAAACUUCGUCUUCCUGCAUUGCGGAAAGCGAAAUAUAGACGAUGCAUACGAUUACUGGGGCGGAAUACGCAUUGCGAACAGUGAAUUCGAAGCUCAUCUCUACGAACAUCACAUCCACGACAUCGUGACUCAUGAAACAAUUAGGCGCGUUGAAUCGGUUCUCAAAUUCAUCAAUAUAACUGGUGCUGGAAUUUUACAUUAUGAGAAAUCGGCCGCUAUACAGUCGAUUAUGAAGUCUCCGGCAAUAGUGCACGUAAACAUAGAUCGCAGCGCUUAUCACGGCAUAAAUGUCGUAUCUCCAACGCAUAUGGUGGAGUUAUUAUUCAACACAAUUAACAAUGUUCUCGGCAACGGCGUGAAUAUAUUAUCCUUGACAGGAGAAGGCCGCGAGUCAGAUGAGAGCACAUUCACGCCUAUUAAGGAUCUUAAUAUUCCUUAUCAUUUAUUCAGUAUGGUCGAUAUAUGCGAUACUGCAAAAGAAAUUACAAUCGAGGAGCGCGUAAUCGUAUAUUACAAAUAUGAUAAUUAUCCUGUGAAUUGCGUGAAGAUCUUCCGCAGUGCUUAUAGAGCCAAACCGUUUGGAUUCAGACUUUUGCAAUUUAAUCUUUAUAACUCCACUGGCAAGCCAGGCCGGCAUGAUAGUAUAACAAUGUACGACGGAGACAUUUACAAUAUCAGCACCAAAGUGAUUGGUCAUUUGGAAGUUAAUACUCCUGAUGAGAAAAAAUUGUUUAGAACGCAGAAUCCUAGUAUUAGCAUUAGAUUAUUUGCUAACGGCGCUAGUAAUACGCAUGGAUUUAUCGCAGAAAUCGUAACUCUACCGAUAUCUGCCAUUGGUUUUAAUCGCGAUGUACAGCACAACGUUUCUUACUCUUUGAUAUCGAACUGUCGCGAAGGGGCCGUAAAAUAUGCAAGCGCCGGCGAAGUGAAUGCCAUAAUAACGCUCGAGCGUAAUCAGUUUGUAAAUAAUUGCGAGAAACUGUACGGUAACUUCACCACGUGUAAAUCCGCACUAUGGCUCGAUGUCCAAAAUACGCAAUUGCUCCAUUUCAGAAAUAAUUUAGUACAACGAAAUCAAGGCGGUCUUACAAUUCGUGCCGAUUCGAGCGGUACGGCAACGUCCCUUAAGGGAUGGAUUCAUAAUAAUCUCUUCACAGAAAACUUCAAUAAGCCUGCAUUGUUCGUUGAGGGUCGUCAGAGCAGUCCUUAUCAACAGAUGACUAUAUUCAGAAAUUAUUUCACCAAGAAUAACGCUCCGUAUGACAAUAAUAUCAUUUUGAAACAAGUGGUCAGCAACAUGACAUUCAAUUACUUACAUGGAAACCUUGGUAUGCAUUUAUUGGAGAUUUCGGGAUUCGAGAAAGUCCGUUCACAAUUCUAUCAAAGCACAUCUCACAACGGCUUCUACAAAAACUACGCAGUCGAUCGUGAAGGCCGUAGCACUAUUGUUGCUGGUACACCUGGUCAGCAAUAUGUUGAUAAUGUGUUUUUUAAUCCCGACAACGAUUAUGAAAUGCAAACGACGAACAAAUCUCAACAACUGGAAAUUUGGAGAUCUCACGUAGACGCGCGGCACAAUUGGUGGGGUUACAAUGAAACUUUAGCAGUGGCUGGACGCAUCAGAGACCGUGAAGAUUCAUUUGAACUAUUACAGGUGGAUUAUCAGCCUUUCCAUAUGAAUAAUAUGUCGGUAUUAAGUGGCAAGUGUCCACCUGCCUGGAAUCUUGUUGGUGACACGUGCUACAUAUUGAUCGGCGCACCGAUGGACUUUUAUAGUGCGCGAGACUUUUGCAGGUCGGCAAAUGCGUCGAUGCCAUUCAUCAUGGGAGAUUAUCUGGAACUCUGGAAAUUCGCGCGUAAGCAACAGGAGCGAUUCGAUUAUUCAGAGCGUGUAUGGGUGCAACAAUUGGAACGUGUGGAUCAAUGCACGAUGUUUACGUAUCAGACCAUUGAGAUUGAUCAUUGUGCGCAACCCAAUUUGUUUAUUUGUGAAAUCGAUCCCAGAGUCAACAUCGAUCCUUUGUCUUGGAGGAAAGAUAUCGUUGCGGUGGGUGUUUUGGGAGCUGUUGGCAUUGCACUCGCAUUGCUAACUGCGGCGAUCGUAUUGUGGGCGUCCAAGUCGAAGAAGCGUAAGCUUGAGAGACUGGAGCGACGUAACUCUAUCAGGCAAUCCCUACAUUCCCUGCGAUCGGUCGGCUCCACGUCCGGCUUCACAGAACUCGCUUAUCGCCGAAAGCCUAUCGCGACCAAACAUUCCACGGAUACGCUGAACUCAAAUUACAAGCGCAUGCUGAACGGUGGCAGUCUGGACUCUAUGGACAAGUCACAACUGAACUCCUCAAUAGAAGAUAAUCAGAGUUACGAUGUAUACGAGGCUCAUAAUCCGCGAUAUUCGCCAAGCACGAGCGACUUUAAAAAUACGGUGCAGAAGUACGGUGCAGCGCAGAGUGUCGAUAAUCCGGUCUUUGACCUGGCAUACCGUAAUGAGGGCUUCCGCAAUCAUUCUACUUUUGCGGCAAGGCACGGUAUUGCCGACGGCGCCGUCGCCGCCGCCGCCGCCGCUUCUAACUGGUCAUCACCGCCAAACAUACAGUCGACAUCACUUGAUGAAAGUCCCACAGUGUAUGCUAACAAUGAGAGCUCGUCGUAUCUCAACAAUACGUCUACGUUGCCGUUGCAUUCCAGUAUCGCACUCACUGAUUCCAUGAUCGAAUUGAAACGCGAUAUCGAGGUAUCGUCAGGCGUUUACGAUCCUAUGGAUUACUUAAAGCCCCCUUAUGACUCGACUACGUUAACUCCGAGUCAGGCAUCCGAGCCCGUUCCGGAAUACGCAUCGGACUUUCAGCCACCGGUACCGCCACAUCCCUAUCAUUAUGAAGCCGAGAGUAGACCUAGGAGCGAGGCGCUGUUAGAGACCAACUUCGACACGGGUGAAGAGAAGCCAUUACGCUCGAAGAGCGAAGUCUUGCUCGAGACCAAUCUGGACGCGUUCCUAGUCAAUGAGCCCACGGAACUCACGCAGCUAUCGGCGGCCACGCGAAGCAAGAGUCAACCAUUAGAAACAGCAAUGUAGCUCUCCAGACGUCGGCGACUCUUAGACCAGCAGUUCACAAUUCGGGCACAUCCGAAGUGUAUGCCAAAUGUCUUCUAGCGAUAAGCACUGCCAGCUAUUGCACAACAAGAGAUUUUCAAUCGUUUAUAACAAUACGCUGCCGACUUCCAACUCGUGCCAUUUCCAAUGGUCAUGAACUGAAUAUUGGAAUAUACACGCACAGUAAGUCCCCGUUGAAAUGAUCGGGAAUGGAGCGGAUAUUCAUUGUUAGAUACAGAAACUGAUGUGGACUCAUUAUUAGCUGUAGAAACUGAUGAAGAGUUUUAUUACAUUAUGAAAAACUCUGCGGUAAAUUAUAAUUUGAUAUGUUAAAAAAAAUAUUACGAUAAUUAUUUGUAACACGUAUGUUGAAUUGACAUAGAGCGUCAAUUUUCUAGCAAGAGAUACAGUUGACACCAUAACACAAUGAAUCAUUGCAUCUUUGUCAAUGUUAAACAAGGAUGAAAUGAUUCACUAUGUUAUACACUAUUUUUUGCUGAAAAACGAUCAGUAAGCAUGCGAGUUUUGCAUAAAUCCACCGAAUCCGCGCUUAGGAUGAAUGUAUACUCUCUAAAUCGUAGAGUGGACUUAUAUAUCAUUAAUAUUAAAGUAAUUGCAAUAGCCACUAUAAGAGAGAGUUCUCACUCUAAUUUCAGUAAACGCGGGCAAUCAUAAGCUAGGAGUAAAUUUUUCACUCAAAUGUUUAAAAUGACUAUACGUGGCGUGCCCUAUGCAAUAAUUUAUUUCACUUUAAUUUAGUGCAAAGAGAGUUUCGCGAAACUCUCAACAGAUGUCUUCUCGUAAAAAAGAUUCGACGCUACAUCCGUAUAGAAAGCGGGAAUGAUUAGGUAAAAUCUAUAAUGAUUAGGUUAAUUUCGCGCAUUUCUCUGCUAUUUUACUUUCUCACUAUGGCGACAAUAUUUUUUUUUUCAGAGCAACUACUAAAUCAAUUAUAAGAUCUACCUUAUAAGAACGUAAAGAAGAUAGGCAAAUUAAAAAUAACAAACAUAAGAAUAAUAUCUGUUGAACAUUAAUUUCAAAAAAUGUAUACAUGCUGAUCUAUAUACGUCAUUCUUUUACAUAGGAAUUCACUCCAAUUUAUGGAAUGUAAUUUAUCUAUUAAUUAGAGUGGCAAAUCAUUCGAAGUGCAGGGGUUCAAUUUUCACUUCGUUACACAUUACAUCUUACUCACUUUGAAUGAUAUUUCACUCUUCGAGUUUUACAGAGAUAAAUACUGUGUAAAAUUUUCACGGAAAUCGCCCGUCAAGACUUCGGCUUAACAGACAGUGUUCAUAUACGUACAAUAUACAUUAAA